UUUAAUAUAUCUUUAAUAUCAAAAAAAUAUAUAAUUUAUAUUUUAAAUAUAUUCUCUAUUAUUUAUUGAAAUUUUCGAAAUUUUAAUAUAUAAAAUUUCGAAAUUUUUUAAAUUUUUUCAAAAGUAAUAUAUUAUUUUAAUAUCAAAAAAAUAUAUAUUAAAAUGUCGAGGGAGUCCGGUAGGUCCGUGGAUAUGGGCGACGUGAACCAAAGAUUGAGUAAAGGCAAAGCUAAAGCCACCUCCGACAGUUCGACCUCACGCGGACGCGGUUCUCGAGGAAGACACUCUGUCUCUUCCUUUCCUACUAUCCCCGAUCACUUAAUCGGGGACGCUAUGACGGAUGAAGAAUUCGACCAGAUUUAUUCUGGUAGAGGGGACGCUAAUCUCCCCACUCUUGAUAGUGUAUUCGAAGAUCUUGAUGAAGCAGGACUGGAUAAUCUGGACGGGGACGAGGAGCCUACACCACAGAACAACGACGUCGGCGUGGAGGCAGUUGAGCCCGAGACCUCUCGAGUUCUGGACAAAGGGACUAGAAGCUAUGGGCGGAUUUUUGACAAAUAUUAAAGAAGGAAUUAAAAAAAUUUGGGGGGCUCGUCUUAUUUCGAGGUCCUGGAAGAUGUUCUAUUUGUACCCUUAUGUCUCUCCUAUGAGAGAUAAAUGGUGUACUUAUUAUUUGUACAUUCCUGAUAUUUAUAAAAUAGGUAUUAUUUGUGAUCCACGAUUUAAGAUUGAAAAUUUUAAAAUUCUAAUUGAGUAUUACUACAGUUGUUUUUUAGAUAAAAAUAGUUAUUACUACAGCUAUUUAGUAGAAUGGAAAAAAUGAAAGAGAUAAUGCUAUAACUCUUUUUGAGGAUUUGUUUAAGGAAUAUCAAGGGUUAUACGGGUGUGCCAUGCGAUUACGAUGACGACGACGUCGAUUUUGACGUGCUCAAAUGGUGGAAGCGGAACGAACACAUGUUCCCAUGUCUCGGCAUGCUAGCAAGACAAGUGUUGUCCGUCCCGGUAUCAACCGUAGCAGUUGAACGAGAAUUCAGUGCUGGCGGCAACAUUCUAACCGACUACCGAAGUUGUCUUAACGCUGAAUCUCUUGAAACACUGGUUUGCAACCAAGAUUGGCUCUUGGCAAGACGUCGGGCUCAAGAGUCAUC